UCCCCCCUUCUCCUGCUCAUCACUGCAGUGCUCAUCCCGACCUCCCGGUCCCAGCCCGGGCUCCUGCUCUGCUCCCGCCUCUGGAAGGAUGUCGGAGGGGGUGGAUCUGAUCGAUAUCUACGCCGAUGAGGAGUUCAACCAGGACUCAGAGUUCAGCAGCGCCGAUCAGAUGGACCUGUACGAUGAUGUCCUGGCCGUCAGCUCCCAGCCCCCCGAGAGCCGCAGCAGCAGCAGCUCCGAGCCCCCCCCCGAGAUCCGCCAGGAGCCGUCCCCCAAAGCCAACAGCAAGGCCCCGGCCAUCCUGUACACCUACAGCGGGCUGCGCAACAAGAGGGCUGCUGUCUACGUGGGCAGCUUCUCCUGGUGGACAACGGACCAGCAGCUGAUCCAAACCAUCCGCUCCGUCGGUGUCUAUGAUGUGGUGGAGCUGAAGUUCGCAGAGAACCGAGCCAACGGCCAGUCCAAAGGGUACGCAGAGGUGGUGGUUGCCUCCGAGAACUCGGUGCACAAGCUCCUGGAGCUCCUACCUGGCAAGAUGCUCAAUGGGGACAAGGUGGAGGUGAGGCUGGCCACCCGGCAGAACCUCUCCCAGUUCGAGGCCCAGGCUCGCAAACGUGUGCCUCCGAGGGCCCAUUCCCGGGAUUCCAUGGACUCCGUGGAUGGCCGGGCCACCCCAACAGAGAAUGCAUUGCCCGCAGCCCGCCCGGACAAACCCCCUUCGGUCCUUCCCUUCUUCAACCGCCCCCCCACCGCCUUGCCCCUUAUGGGGCUGCCCCCCCCACCCAUGCCACCACCCCCCCCCUUGUCCUCCGGUUUCGGUGUCCCCCCACCACCCCCCGGUAUCCACUACCAGCACCUCAUGCCCCCCCCACCCCGACUGCCCCCACACCUUGCUGUGCCCCCCCCGGGGGCUGUCCCCCCUGCCCUGCACCUCAACCCUGCCUUCUUCCCCCCACCCAACGCGGCGCUGGGUCCUCCACCGGACACCUACGGCAAGGCCAUGGCUCCCUAUAACCACAGCAGCCGGGAGCUGGGUCCUCCCCCGGCCCCAGUGAGUGAAGGGGAGUUUGAGGAGAUCAUGAACAGGAACCGGGCCAUCUCCAGCAGCGCCAUAUCCAAGGCGGUGUCCGGGGCCAGCGCAGGUGACUACAGCGACGCCAUCGAGACCCUGCUCACGGCCAUCGCUGUCAUCAAGCAGUCCCGUGUGGCCAGCGACGAGCGGUGCCGCGUCCUCCUCUCGUCCCUCAAGGACUGCCUGCACGGCAUCGAGGCCAAGUCCUACAGCACCGGCGCCAGCAGCAGCUCCUCCAGGAAAAGGCACCGAUCCCGGGAGCGCUCCCCCAGCCGGUCCCGUGACAGCAGCCGGCGGCACCGGGACGUGCUCCACAGCGAGGACCGGCACGAGGACUACUUCCAGGAGCGGAACCGGGAGCACGAGCGGCAUCGGGACAGGGACAGAGAGAGGGACCGGCACCACUGAGAGAGGAACUCGGCAGGAAGUGGUUUUUAAUGGACUCGUAUCUCCUCCCCUCGACGAGGCUGCUCCACCCUCCCACCCCAUCCCAGGCCCCCCCCAGCUCCCUCC